AUGGUCGAAGCCUCGGGAGCGAUGCGGGAUGGAGGAAAAGGACGCACCGUCUCCUUCUCUCCCAAGGUGUUCAUUCCGCUGACGCACAUGUGUAGGGAUUUCUGCGGUUACUGCAUCUUCCGCAAGACUCCCGAACAGGCUGGCGACACGCUGUAUAUGACACCCGAGCAGGUGCUGGAUGUGGCGAAGGCCGGACAAAAACUGGGGUGCACCGAGGCCCUGUUCACCCUGGGGGAGCGGCCAGAGCAGCGAUACCCAGAGGCAAAGGAGUGGCUCGAGCACCGGGGGUUCAAGUCGACUCUUGAAUACCUGACCUACGUCAACCGCCUGGUUCUCGAGGAAACCACGCUUCUGCCACAUGCCAAUCCAGGCACGAUGAGUCGCCGCGAGAUGGCCGCGCUUCAGCCCUAUAACCCCUCGAUGGGCUUGAUGCUGGAGAGCACAUCGGCCGUGCUUUAUGGGCCGGGUGGCGCCCAUGAGUUCGCUCCGAGCAAGCGGCCACGGGUCAGGCUGCGCACCAUCGAACUGGCGGGCGAGUUGCGGCUCCCAUUCACUACUGGUAUCCUCAUCGGUAUAGGGGACACUAGGGAAGAUCGCAUCGAGUCGCUGCUGGCAAUCAGGGACCUGCACCGUCGUUUCGAGCACGUUCAGGAAGUAAUAGUACAGAAUUUUCGGGCCAAGCCCGGAACCGCAAUGUCGGACAGACUGGACGCAGACACCAUUGAACUGCUCUGGUCUGUGGCUGCGGCUAGGCUGAUUCUUGGUCCGGACGCCAAUGUGCAGGUGCCACCCAACCUCAGCGCCGACAAUUACCAGAUAUAUCUCGAUGCAGGAAUCAACGACUGGGGCGGUGUAUCUCCUCUGACUAUAGAUUUCGUAAACCCGGAAGCGCCGUGGCCUGCCUUGGAACACCUCAAGGAACAAACAGAGGCCGCGGGGUUUGAACUGAAACCGAGGCUGCCGGUAUAUCCCGAAUACUUUCUUACCACCGGCAAAUACAUGCCGGAGGGGCUGUUGACCAAGGUCCGCGCCCUGGCCGGUAAUGACGGAUAUGUACAAGGGGGAAUCCAGCGAUAUGUCGGGAAUAACUGA